AUGAGAUUGCUUGCAUUGUGUGCCUCGUUGAUUCUGACGGCCGAGGCCGAGCCCGGUGGCGUGCUGGAGCCGACGAGGGAGCCUGAGCGUGCGGCUGUGCCAUCGACCGAAUCGGAACCAGACAACGGGCUGCGUUGUUUGCACUCUACUGAUUUGAUUUCCACGGGGACUGAGGUUACGGCUCCGUCUGGUUCGGGUGUUGGCCAGGCCGCACCCACGAUGACGACGAGUAGGGUGCAGCAAGCGACGGGCGCGGGAAGGUUAAGAAGAACGCUGUCAGAUCUAACCCAGCAGACGGUUGGGGUCGCGGAGGCAAAGCUCUGCUAUGCGAGCCAGGUGAAGAAGACGCUGAAGAGGAGGGCUGCCAGUCUGCCGGUGGCGAGUUCGGCGGCGGAUGUAGUGGCUCAAGGAGUGGAAAUUUCGCGCGAUUACUUCGGUGAUGCGGAACGCGUUUACCUCAACGUCAUUUGCAAUUGCAACGUCAAACCGAGUCUGCCCGGCAGCGGGAACUACGCCGCGAGCCUCGUCCGCCUCAGCGAGGUCGAUUGCGUCGGUAUGGUACCGAACACACGCGUGUCCUACAACUUGACCAAUCCCGGCACUUGCUUCGCCGGCGCGGUUCGCCAGUCUUACCAGGCCCGUGGCGCCGUGUCAAGACUGUUCCUGGAUACCAGCAACCAGACCACCGCCGGUAACCAGACCUCCGGCGGCAGACUCAACGUCCGGAACAGCGCAGACCUCGUGUUCCGCGCAGGUGAAUUCAAACUCGGCCCGCUCGGAUAUUACAGCGUUUGCAACAAGGACCCGCGCAUCCAGAACCUGGACCAUGUCAACCUGUUCCAGGAAGCCAAGAAAGUAGCAAACGAAAUGAAGCAACCCACAGACCUCUAA